AUGGCCUCUGCAAACAUUGCGCGAUUGGCCGCGCAGGUCCACAUCACCGCAUCUCCUAGUCCAAAGAAUCUAGCAGAGAGCAGGUUGAUUCUGGGGGCUCUGCAAAAAUUUGGCGAAGUAUUGACAUAUCGCAACCUCAAGUAUGACACAAGCAAUACAUCCACACAUCCAAAUCGGUCCAUUGUCGCGAUCUUUGAGACUGCCGAUGCAGCAAGUCGCGCAAUUGCAUCCUCCCCCAUCACAAUUGGCCUCCCGGCUGGCCCAUCCGCCUAUUCCGCUUACAAUACUCCCGUUUCGUCUGAACCAUCGUCCUUGACAUUUGAAAUCCAAAGCUCGCGCCAUAAUCAUGCCUCUGCCCUCAAACGGAGCCCAUUCUAUUCCACCUACAACCUCUUCAAGAAUAAUCCCGUUUACGAAGAUCUGAUGAGCGACGAGACAGGGAUCCCGCUCAAGGAAUUGGCAGACACACUCGCAAGCAAGAAGUACAACAUUGGGUCCGGCGUGAAGGACAAUAUUCAAGAAGAAAACCGGCAGAUGGGAGCCACAAGUUUGGUCAAUAUGUGGGAAGAGGGAAUGGAAACCGAGAGAAAUAUUCUUGCUUUCAGCGAAGAACAAGCAACAGGUAUCCGGGAACCUGGUGACAGUGAUGGGACGAAACUAACGGAUGUCGUCUGA